AUGCUGCAACGAAACAAAGGCCUUGGUUUGGUUCCGCUGCGAUCGAUCCCGUCCUCUCAUGGCAACCACGUUGCUUAGUUUCAGACGUUCGAGCUCUUUACGUACUCUUCGAAACGAUCUAAUCCUCCUCAAUCCUUCUGGUUUUUGAUUCUGAGGUGCACCUUCAAUUAAUUAUUUGAGAGCUGAAUAAUUGUAGCAUUUAUGUGCUACAGCUUAUCAUUACUCCACUGUGUAUUUUAGUUUUACAUAACACUUUCGAGAGCUGAGGGAAUGUCAGCACCUGGGAAGUUUGAUUAUUCUUCCGGUGCGCCUCUAUACAGAUCUAACUUUGCCGCACAGAUGGAAAGAUCAAGUAGCUUUCCUGAACGUCCUGUCCCAGCAACUCAUCCAAACAUGUUGAGGGGCACUUCACCUCUAGCGCAAACCGAUGUAACAAAUUUCUUCCAGUGUUUGCGUUUUGAUCCUAAGGUGGUUGCCGCUGAUCACAAGUCUAUUCGUCAAGGUGACUUUAAGCGGCAUGUUAAUUUUGCUCUUGGAAUACAAGGAGACGAGACUGCAUUGAAAGGGAAGUUAAUUCCAGAAGAGAUCAAAAGACUAAAGGCUAGUUUGCGCGAAAACAAUGUCAAGGCCAGGGAGCGGGUAAAAAUUUUCAACGAAGCUUCUUCUGUAUUUAACAAGUUUUUCCCAAGUGUUCCUACAAAGAAGAGGUCUCGACCAGAAGGUUUUUCUGGUGAUCGCUUGGCAUCAGGAUCAGGGCUAAGCAAAAUGGGCAUUCAAGGUCAGAUCCUGGCUGGUGGUUUUGAGCUUGACCAGCAAAUGUUGGAUGAACGACCUAAAAGUGGUGUUCCAAAUAAGCGAACACGUACUUCCAUGAUGGAUGUUCGAAGCAAUUCUAUUGUUCGACAGUCAGCUGCUGCUGUAGACAGAGAUAAAGAAAUAAUGCGGCUGGCUAAUCAUAAUGCAGUUCAGGGUGAAGAACGAACUUCACUUGGUAUUGAUGGUUGGGAAAAGUCAAAGAUGAAGAAAAAACGCUCCUGUAUUAAAACGGACUGUCAUCCGAACCUGGCUUCAAGUAAAGUGGUUGAUGGUUAUCGAGACUUGAAGCAGAGCACUCAACAGAAGUCAAUGGGUGACUCCCGGACGAGAUUGAAUGGUGACUCGAACAUGUUAAGGCAAGUGGCUGGUAAUGGAGCUACUGAAUAUGGUAGAUCUGAUAACCUCUCUAAGCAGACAAGCUUGGCUGGGUAUUCCCCACUGUCAAGGGGCGAUUCUGAUCAUAAUUCUUUGUACCUUGAGAAGAGAGAACGCUCCAUAGGUUCAGAUAAGGAAAGGGUGAAUCUAAGAGCUGUCAACAAGUCCAAUGUUCACGAUGAAUUCAAUUCCUCAAGUCUGGUUUCAAACACAAAAUCAAAUGCUUCAGUUCGCGGGCCUAGAACAGGAACAGGACUCCAUAACACUCCUCCGUCCCCAAGUGACUGGGAUAUCUCUGGCUGUACAAAUAAGCCUCCACCCGUGUCAGGGGUUACACAUCGGAAGCGUAUGACAUCUAAUCGGUCUUCGUCACCACCUGUCACUCAAUGGGCCAGUCAGAGACCGCAAAAGAUAUCCCGUACAGCAAGAAGGACGAGUUUAGUUCCCAUUGUUUCUAAUAAGGACGAGACCUACUUAGAUAAUAUAUCAGAUGCUGGUUGUAGUGACACUGGGUUUGAAUUCUAUAAACGCUCGCCAGCUGCUUCUCCUCAAUUGAAAAUAAGAGGUGAAAGCAGCUUCUCCACAGCAGCUUUGUCAGAGAGUGAAGAAUCUGGUCCCCCUGAGAUCAAGUCUAAAGACAAGGGGAAACAGUCUGAUGAGGUUGAUGGGAAAGCUGCACAUAAUAUUCCUAAAGUGUCUAUCCCUGCUUUACAAUCAAGGAAAGGUAACAAGCGUGCUUCUGGUGAAGAGAUUGGGGAUGGUGUGAGAAGGCAAGGAAGGACGGGCCGUGGCGGCUUUUCUUCCACAAGAUCUCUCAACCCUGUGGGAGUAGAGAAACUUAAGAAUGUUGGAACAACGAAACAGCUUCGCAGUGCAAGAACUAUCUUGGACAAGAGUGAAAGUAAGGUGGGCCGUCCACCCACUAGGAAACUAUCUGAUCGCAAGGCUUACAGUCGUCAGAGAGCUACGGCAACAAAUGCUUCACCACUAGAUUUUCAUGCCGGUUCAGAUGAUGGUCAUGAGGAGCUACAAGCGGCUGUUAACUUAGCCGUAAAUUUUGCUCAGAAUUUUCCCAACUCUUUCUGGAAGCAAAUGGACCGCUACUUUGGCUUUAUAUCCGACGAUCAUAUUAACUUUAUGAAGCACCAGGGAGAACUCUUCUCCAUGGGUCCUUCACCUGUGCUGACACCCCCUGACUUUGAUAGCCGUGAUUUAUAUCCUGAGGAACUUGCAACUCGCAGUGUCGAUUCUAAGGCUUCUCCACUAUACCAUAGAUUGCUAUCAGCUUUGAUUUCUGAGGACUCGAUGAGUGUUAAUGAAGAUCUCCAAGUUGAUGAGUUUGGGGCCAUGCAUGAUCUUGAUGACCACUCAGAAUUCAGUGUUCUGAUGAAUAAUGGGUUUAGAAACCAUGAAUGGCUGGAACAUGAUGAAUCAGAGGAUGCAAUUCUGUUCAAGGGCGUUAAUAACUCAGCCUACCACUGCAAUGACAAAUUUUCAGAUCAUGCACCCAUUGACUUCUCAAACAUUCCUUAUGAUAAAUUGGGGAUAGAUGAAAAGAUUCAUCUGGAAGCUCAGUCUAUUGGAAUAUCCUUAGAACCAAUGCCUAGUAUCUCAAACGUAGAGGAUGAAGGAAUCGUUGACGAAAUAAAAAAGUUGGAGGAGGCUAUCUGCAAGGAGGGUUUUAAGAAGAAAGAGAUGGUUGAUAGGCUAUUAAAGCCUGCCUUAGAGAUGAGAGAAACUCAAGAGAAGGAGUUAGAUCAGCUUGGUUAUGAUAAACUCAUCGAGAUGGCAUAUGAGAAAAGCAAGGCAAGUCGGCGUCAUCACACCGUUGCUGGAAAAAACUCCGCUAACAAGAUAUCAAAGCAGGCUGCAUCGGCUUUUGUUAAAAGGACGCUUGAACGAUGCCGUCAAUUCGAAGAGACGGGCAAAAGCUGCUUCAGUGAGCCUGAAAUUAAGGAUAUGUUCAUCGCCAGGUUGGCAACAGCUCCUGCGGACAAGGAGGAUAAUCCGUCGACUUCAACACCCAUUGGCUCACAGCCAAGCUCUACUUCGUUGGCACGCGUUGGGCAGAACUUGGAGAACUAUGCCAAUUGUUCUGAUGCUGAAAAUGCUUUACGAGAGCAAACGAUAGGGAGAGAAGAUACAGUUUGUUCCAAUAGGGUCAAGAAGAGAGAGUUACUUCUUGAUGAUGUUGGUAUUAUUGGGACACAACUCUCAAGUAGUACAAAGGGAAAGAGAAGUGAGAGGGACAGAGAUGGGAAAGUUCAGGCUUCAUCUAGAAGCGGGACCAAUAAGAUCGGUCGGCCUUCCCUGUCCAGUACCAAUGGUGAAAGAAAACAGAAAGCAAAGCCGAAGCAGGAGACAAAUCAGAUAUCUUCAUUUGUUAGGAUUCCGGAGCAACCCAAAGCACCAUUACCUAACUCAAAUGAAGCAAACGGUGAGUAUGAUAAUUUGGAGGCACUGGAGGAUACAGAGCCCAUUCUAGACUUUUCUCAGCUACAAAUACCAGAUGGCUUAGGAGGUCCAGAGUUUGAUGCACAACCAGGUGAUAUUAGCUCAUGGUUUAACAUGGACGAGGAAGAAGAUUUCGAUAUCUUGGAGCUUGGAGUGCCAAUGGAUGAUCUUGCAGGGCUGAAUAUAAAGUUUUGAGGUUACAUCUCACUCUUACUCCAUCUAUAUCUGUAUAGUCUUGUUGGUUAUACUAGUUUACAACUAAAGAAAACCAUAAAGGUAGAAGAAAAGUUUUGCUUCCUUGAAUGAGAUUAGGUCAUAUAGAUUCUUCAUCUUCUUAGGGCUUCGUUUUCUUCUUCUUAUAACUCUGUUGUAGUGAUAUAUACAAAUAUAUAUAUGGUCUUUUUCUUCUUUGCUCUUUGGUUUUUCUGUUGUUUUCAUAACCUCAGGACCAUUUUACCUUCUCUGUACAUAAUACAUUUUGUGCUCCUUACUAAAAUUCAGUUUCUCUUUCCAUUAAGAAAGGUCACUCUAUA